UGAAGCAUAAAGGCUACCUAAGCUAAGAUGCAUAAGUCAAAAGCAGAGGAAAACUAAAGCAAAAAUCUAAAAACAAACAACUGAUUAAAAUUCCUCAGCUUCUGACAGACAACAUCUGCAGAUUAAGUUUGUGACAGGUAAGCAUCUCACUUUUUUUACCGUUUUCUUGUUCCUUGCACAACCAUGUGAUCAUUGCACAAAAAAUGUAUCAUAGAUCUACCCUUUAUUCCUUCUUCAGGAUGGUUUCAAGAGCAGCAAUACUAUUACUCAUGGGUCUUCUGGGAAUGUUUUACCAGGCCACUCAACUUCCUCCACCAAAUCGUACUAAUGAUUCAACACAUGAUGUUCCAGUUUCACCAAGAAUCAAACUCAGUGAUGGAAGGUACCUUGCUUAUAGAGAAAGGGGUGUUCCCAAGGACAAAGCAAAACACAGUAUCAUCAUUGUGCACGGCUUUGGAAGCUCCAAAGAUAUGAACUUUUUGGCAUCCCAAGAACUCAUAGAUGAACUGGGUGUAUAUAUUCUGCAAUAUGAUCGGGCUGGGUAUGGAGAGAGUGAUCCAAACCCCAAACGCUCACUGAAAAGUGAAGCACUUGACAUUGAAGAGCUUGCUGAUCAGUUACAGAUAGGGACAAAAUUUUUUGUGAUUGGAGUCUCAAUGGGAUCACACGCUACCUGGAGCUGUCUGCACUACAUCCCAAACAGGCUAGCAGGUGUGGCUAUGAUAGCCCCAGUGAUAAACUAUAAGUGGCCUUCCCUUCCUGAGAGCCUAAUAAAGGAGGACUAUAGGAGGAAACUUAUCCAAUGGGCUAUGUGGCUUGCAAACUAUUCUCCUAGACUAUUGCACUGGUGGGUGACACAAAAGUGGCUCCCUUCAAAUUCUGUCAUAGAAAAAAACCCAGCAUUCUUCAACAAAAGAGAUAUAGAUAUUUUAAAGACAAUCCCUGGGUUUCCAAUGCUUACCAAGGACAAAUUAAGGGAACAAGUUGUUUUUGACACUCUAAGGGGUGACUGGAUGGUGGCCUUUGGCAAUUGGGAAUUUGAUCCAAUGAAGCUAUGUAAUCCAUUCCCUCAGAAUAGAAGUUCAGCUCACAUUUGGCAAGGCUAUGAAGAUAAGGUAGUGCCCUCUCAAAUCCAAAGAUUUGUUUCAGGGAAGCUUCCUUGGGUACAUUACCAUGAAGUUCCAGAUGGUGGGCAUUUGAUUGUGCACUAUAGUGGCCUAUGUGAGGCCAUUUUGAGGGCACUUUUACUUGGAGAAGAAAAUAUGUCAUAUAGACCUAGACCAGCAGUGUUUGUAUCUUGAUUUGGCAUGUUUUCUUAAUACAAUAUGUUUAUUGUUGCUUUAUUUUUUAGGAGAAUGGCAAAUUUGUAAAUCAAUUCGUUGGUUUUAGGAGGAAAAUGUCAUAUAUGUAAAUUACUUUUUUCAACAUUAUCUUCAUUAUUAGGUGAAAUCUAAUGCUGACCUACAUUAAGAGUUUAUCAUUUUAUUUAGUUGAAUCAACAUGAUAUUUCACUCAAUAAUAAAAGAGUGUUGCU